AUGGCCCUGACCAGCAUUCCGGAUAUCUCAAGGCUCUCCCGGACCAAGUCACUAUCUUUCAGGAACGUAUCGUUCGACGACAACGACGUCGAAUAUGGACCUGUGGCGUUCCGCAACAUGGCGUUCGAAGGCUGCGCCGGUCUGAAGAAGAUCGAUGCAAGGCAGGCUCCAAACAGUCGCGAUGUAGAGUCUACGGCAGUGAUCGUAGCCACCGAUAAUGCGGACCUGAGGGAUAUUGAUCUUCGGACGUACGACGAUGUCAAGACAGACAUUACCAUCCAGAGGAAUAACGAGGAUAUAUAUGUCAAUCUGCACGACGUUGUCAACGCUUCCCUCAACCUGAACAAAGUGGCUUACUUCCACGCACACAAUCUCAAGCACAUCCAAGCUCCGGACAGCGGCGGUGUGCAGACCAUCUCGGACAACACGAUGGAGGAACUCAAGCUUCCCGACCUGCUCAGCAUUGAAGACACAACACUCGGGAUUUUGUCCAACGUACACCUCCGCUCUAUCGACUUCAGCAAUCUGGAAAACUUGUCCGUGGUCAACAUCUCGAGCAAUUACUGGCUUCGAGAUAUCAAUCUGCAAGGCUUGCAUACUAUCGGGACACUCAACAUAUCUGGACCAAUCGAGAGUGUAUCGAUAUACAAUGCCGAGACUGUGCAGAUCCUUGACCAAGUGAACAUCGAGCCUGACGACGAGGCUGCCUGUGACUCUGUGCCUGAACUGCCUGGUAACUACGAGUGCGGCACGCCCAGCUCCGCGCCAGCAGCUCAAAGCCAGUCUUCUGACGAUGGUGGGAACGAUAACGGUAAUGAAGGUGAUAGCAAUACUGACGACACCGACGACAACAACGAAUCGAGCUCUGGCGGUGGCCUGUCUUCAAGUGCUAAGAUAGGUAUCGGAGUCGGCAUUGGCCUUGGUGGCCUCCUGCUCCUACUCGCAGCCGCAUUCUUCAUCUUGCGCCGCCGGAAACGAAACCAGCGCCGAUCGCGAAGCGCCGCUGCAGAGGGGUAUUCCAUGUCCAAGCGCACAGGUAGGGAGGCCUCACCGCCUCGCUAUUCGAAGGUUCCUGCAGCUACCGAGUCCAUGCCAGAGCCGACGCCUCCCACCCAGAGGCCCUUCUCUAGACAGUAUACGGACUACUGGUCACAGCCAGAGCGGAGGGUGUCGACGCCAGACGGACAUCACGAGUUGGAAGAGCAGCAAGGACCAAGGCAUGAGAUGGACGCGAGGAGCUUGCAGGACAUGGAGCUCGAGGAUGAUGGAGAAGAGACUAGGAGUCUCCAAGACAUCGAGAGGAGUCAUCGGCACAGCGGUCUGUAA